AUGGCAGAGGCAAAAAAGAAGAUGAUUAUAUUAGUACUAGUAGAUGAGAGCUAUGUCAAGGCCUCAAUUUCCAGGCGGCUGAAGAAAGUAGUACAGGAGAAUCAUGGGCCGCAAAUUGUCAUGGAAAUGGGGGAAGCUGACCUCCUUGUGAAUGAAGACAGCGCCUUACAAGCUCCCCGUA